GCCAUAAGUCAUAAUAUGUCAGUGCGCCGCUCUGCCUUUUGAGGUGCAGGCGCAUUGUACAUAUUAGUAGAGGUCGCGGUGAAAUUAAACAUUUCUUAAAUUUUAAUUCUUUCAUCAUCGUAUUAAGUAAUUAUCAAAAUGUGGAAAUUUGUAGCUCGUGGUAUUCGUGAAACUCUCGAACGGCGUACGUGUCGUACAAAUGUUUAUUCGCAAACGUCGCAAGAUAGCAACGCAAAAAAUGAGGUUAAAACUAAUUUGACAUGUAAUCAUAAGUUUCUGGCACCAAGCUUUUCGAUUUUUAAUAAAGAAUGUUGUGGAUCAGCGAAAACUGAUGGUGCUAAAGGGAAGGAUCAUGAUUCCAAAUGGAAUACAAAGUACUCUUGGUCUGACGCCGUCGGAUGGACCAGUGUAUUAGCUGUUGGAUGGGUAGUAUGCCAAACGUUGUGUCUUCGUAGAAGACUUUUCGAGAAAGAAAAAUGUGAUUUUUUAAAAAGCAAACUAUCUCAAUUUUCUGACACACAAAUUACCUACUUGUUUGGUCAAGUAUUAAAUUUAAAGCCAAAGCAUAUUCUACCUGUUACUAAUUGUGUUGGAAAUAAUAACAAAAAACACAUACAAGAGGAUGCAGAAACAGAGUGGGAAGCUGACAAACCAUUUGGACCUAUCACCAUUGAAGAGGCUCUCAAAGAAGCUACAGAAGAGUUUGCUAAUGCUCAUAAAAUAGCUAUGGGUGAAUUUGAACUUCGUUAUGGUCUAAAAGCUUUAGAAGAAAAACGUUACAAAGAUGCAAUAAAACAUUUUACUACUGGUGCCAAGUUAUCAUCUACUGCUAGUAUGUUUAAUUUAGGUUUGUGUUAUGAAUUAGGGCUUGGAACACUAGUUGAUCAAGCAAAGGCUGCAAAAUAUUACAAUGACGCAGCAGAACGUGGUCAUGCGGAUGCCAUCUAUAAUUUAGGAGUUUUCUAUGCUCAAGGCAGAGGUGGUCUUUCAAUAGAUGUUGGGAGAGCUCGUAGUUAUUUUACUAAAGCGGCAAAGUUAGGUCAAAGUCAAGCACAGUAUGCAUUAGAUUUAGACAAACAUUAUUAUCAAUUUGAAGAAAAAGAAAAUAAUACAAUGUACUCAGAUAAAUGUGAAAGUACUGUGAACUACAUACAAAAUAGCAAGAACGUGAAUCAUAUUCUUCAGAAGUUAAUUAAUUAUAAUAAUACGUUAAAUACACAUUUGCGAAUAGAAUCUUUAGAAAAUCCUGAUUGUAAUCAAACUGAAAUAGGAAUUAAAAGUCCAACAGACAUGUUUCUAGAUAUACUUGGUUUGAAUGAGCCUACUAUAUUGCCUGUAUCAGUGGGUUCAAACUGUAGUGUGCCAUGUUAAAGUGCAGGACACAAUUGAAAGUGAAAAUACGAUGUCCAUUACACGUGUAAAAGUCUAUGUAGAGUAGACUCUUCUUUUUUUUUAAUAACAUUUCUGUCGAUUAUAUAAUUAUGAUUUAUCAAGGUUUAAUAAUAAAAAUAAAACCUAUAUUUCGUAUUCUCACUUCUACAAUUAUUAAUCAUAUAGUAAGAUCUAUUCAGUACACACAGUAUUUUUACAAAAAUAUUUAUUGUUUUGUAUAAUAUACUUGUAAAUAAUUGCUUUUAAAAAUAUUGAUGAUGAUGUCUUUGACAUAUUAUUAUCUUUGAUGAGAUAUAUAAUUGGAGGAAAGGUACCAAGUUUGUAAUAGUGACUUAAAUUGAUACAAUUCCAAAUUAAAUUGGAUUGUAUCUAUGAUGAAUACGUAGAUUAUGUAUAAAUGUAUAAAUAUAUUUCUCAUAGAAUAGAUGAUCGAUUACUACUACUUUAUGUGAUAUAUAGACAUGACUUGUGCAACAAAUGAAAUGUGUCACAUUUCUUUGAAAGUUAUAUUAUUCAUUCUUUUUUAUAAUACACUUCAUUAUUUUUUAUAAAGCAUAUAAAUUGUUCUCACAUUCAUAAAAUAUAUAUUGUGUACGUAUAAACGUUUUUAAUUAAUUUUUUGUAAAUACCAGUAUAAAAAUAAAAUUUUCUUUAACAAGUA